AUGCAGGCUGACCAAACAGUAUUGAGCUUGAGACCAGGAGGUGGGAGCCGUGGUGGAACCAGAUUUCCGGGCCAUCGCUUCGAUCCAUCCUCGGAGGCGAGUACUGAUCUACCGGUGUUGCUGCGUCCCCAUGGCGGUGGUGCUUCUUCAUUCUCUUUCUUCAAGACUGGAGAAUCCCGAUUUCAUGGCUUGGAUCGGAUUUGCUACACCAGAGACCAGCUGUUACAGUUAAGGGAGAUGGCCAUCAUCCCAGAGGACAUUCUGAAGGCCAAACAGGAAGUGGAUACUGAAUUUUUCGGUGAAGAUCCAAGCUGGGCUCGUGGAGAGAGCAAUCUUCAAAAUCAGGGCCAGAAUCGUUAUUCUCAGCCGGACAACCGUGACUGGCGUAAUCGGUCUGCACAAUUUCUUGCUCCUGCAGAGGAGAAAUCCUGGGAGAGACAACAAGAUAUAAACCAACACCAUAGGCAAGAACAACUAAGCUCGCAGUUUGCAAGAACACAAAUCUCUUCCAACCUAGGGGGAGGACCUACUCCUUUAAUCAAGGCCGAGGUUCCAUGGUCGGCUCGGAGGGGGGCUCUUUCUGAGGAGGAGCGUGUCUUGAAAACGGUGAAGGGCAUACUGAACAAGCUGACACCUGAGAAAUUUGAUCUUCUCAAGGGUCAACUUAUUGAAUCUGGGAUCACAACGGCUGAUAUUUUGAAGGGAGUUAUCUCUUUGAUAUUUGACAAGGCUGUACUGGAGCCAACAUUUUGUACCAUGUAUGCACAACUAUGUUCUGGUCUGAAUGAGAAGCUACCUCCCUUCCCAUCUGAUGAGCCUGGUGGAAAAGAAAUCACAUUUAAGAGAGUUCUUUUGAAUAUCUGCCAGGAGGCAUUUGAAGGCGCUGACAAUUUGCGGGCAGAGCUCAGGCAGAUGACUGCCCCCGAGCAAGAGUUGGGAAGGAGAGAUAAAGAAAGGUUGGUCAAACUCCGUACUCUUGGGAAUAUUCGCCUAAUUGGAGAGCUUUUGAAGCAAAAGAUGGUUCCGGAGAAGAUUGUCCACCACAUUGUUCAGGAACUCAUAGGACCUGAUACGAAGAGUUGUCCAGCCGAGGAGAAUGUUGAAGCCAUAUGCCAGUUCUUUAUCACCAUUGGGAAACAGCUUGAUGAGAACCAAAAAUCAAGGCGCAUUAACGAUAUGUAUUUCGGUCGGUUGAAGGAAGUGUCAGCAAACCCUCAGCUAGCUCCACGACUGAGGUUUAUGAUUCGCAAUGUUCUUGAUUUGCGUUCAAAUAAUUGGGUUCCCAGACGGGAAGAGGUGACAGCCAAAACUAUCACUGAGAUUCACUCGGAAGCAGAGAAAAAUCUUGGGUUGCGCCCAGGUGCUACUGCUAGCAUUAGAAAUAACAGAAACAUUGCUUCUGGGGCUCAAGGGAGUAUUAGUUCUGGUGGCUUUCCUAUUAAUCGCCCUGGUGCAGGUGGCAUGAUGCCUGGAAUGCCAGGGACAAGGAAGAUGCCUGGUAUGCCUGGACUUGAUAAUGACAGCUGGGAAGUUCCUAGGUCCCGAUCAAUGCCAAGAGGUGAUGGUUCAACAGUUCAGCCUGCUGGACGUGUCCAAACACCGUUGAUACAGUCACCAUCCCUGAACCAGCAAUUUCUGCCUCAGGGUAGUGGUGGUUUCAUGAGUAAUAGGUCUAGUUCCCUCUUACAGGGUACUGGCGCACCUCCCGUUCGUCCUGCUAAAUAUGGAGAAUAUGCUGUGGGCCCUGGAUCACAAGUCUCUGCCCUAAGUAGACCCGCACCAACAGCAUCUGCUGCUCCAGUAACUGACAAACAUGCAGCUCAGGCUGCAAUAAAGAAUCCUAACGAACUUAGGAGAAAAACGAUUUCUCUUCUGGAUGAGUAUUUUAGUGUCAGACUUUUGGAUGAAGCAUUACAAUGCAUUGAGGAACUGAAGUCCCCUGCUUAUCAUCCUGAAAUUAUCAAGGAGUCCAUUUCCCUUGGGUUGGAGAAAAGUCCACCUUGUGUAGAGCCAGUUGCAAAGCUUCUAGAGUACUUGUUUGCUAAGAAAGUUAUUACUGCUAAUGACUUGGUCACUGGAUGCCUCCUUUAUGCCUCACUUUUGGAUGAUCUUGCAAUUGAUUUACCUAAAGCACCUGCCAAUUUUGGUGAGAUAGUUGGGAAACUAGUCUUGGCUGGUGGGCUCAACUUCAAGUUGGGGAGGGAGAUUCUGGAAAAAGUGGGUGACGACUUUUUCCAGAAAGCCAUAUUUGCCUCUAUAAUGAGGAUUGUUAGCUCUGAUCCUACUGGAAAGGGGGUGCUAGAUUCGCAGGCAUCCGGUAUUGAGGCCUGUGAAAGCCUAUUUUAG